UACAAGCAUGCCACGACCUUGUUUAUAGGAAGACAUUCGUACAGUGUCAGUAGCAGUUCAGAGCUGGGAGUGUGUGCGCGGUUUCUUUUAUGUGAAAACACUUUUCAAUCGAACUCAACAAACAAAAGCGAGAAUGGAGCAAAAUAUCCGAACGAAGGCGCUAUGGAUCAAUCCAGGCGUGGUUGAGAUGGCUUGCGUCGUUGGUAACGCGGCGGUCGCCAUAGCGAUGGGUGGCCAUAUUCUGUUCGUGAACUUGAAAACAACGGCCAAGUCGUACUAUUCGGCCGACGGUGUACACUCGGGCAAUGGGGUAGCCUGUAUCGCAGGCCACAAGCUGUUUCCGAUAGUGGCGUUUGCGGAACGAUGCACCAAUCCCCGCAUAUUGCUUGUGUCGUAUCCGGCCAACACUGUGCUGUCGAUUCUUGAAGGAGAUCAAACGGAAUGUUCCUACACGGCACUUUGCUUUUCCGAGAGUGAGCUACUGGUAGCUCUUACCGGUGUGCCGGACUAUUCGCUGGAAGUGUACGCAUGGAGAAGCAAGGAGCUGCUGUGCAAGAAACCUUCUGCCAUAUUCUGCGAAGUGCAGCGUUUGAUUUGCAGCCCAUCGGCAGUGUUUGCCGUGUGUCAGUAUGCGCCCCGUAAGCCGGACCUUGAACUCUGGGAGGUGCAUGGGAACAUCCGCCUCAGCCGACUGAUUGAACGAACGGUUCACUUGGAGUUGGAAAUGGUUGAGCUACCCCUAUGUGUGACCUUUCUGAUCGAUGGGAACCUGGCAGUGGUUACACAACGGGCAAAAGUGUUCAUUAUACUAGCAUCAACGGGACAGAUCAGUCAAACCAUAUGCAAUCCCGAACCUUUGACAAACGAUCAGGAAUACAUCCCGUACGUGUUCUACUGCAAGGGCGGUCUUUUCGUUAGCGCGCCUGAUGGGCAGGUUAACUUCUACAAAAAACAGAAAGGCACCUGGAAUCAAAUGUGGUCUACCCAGUCGGAUGCUUCGUACAGCCAGCUGCUGAGCUAUUCCACCGCCGAAGGGCUGUUGGGCAUUACGACGGAGGGCUUUAUUAUGCGCACGGUGCUGGAUACGGACGUGCGCAAUGUGGAAUUUCAAAUUGUCAAAGAUUUGGACGUGGGAUAUAGAUUUUGUAACAACUGCUUGAAUGAUGCCCAACAACAGCUGGUUGGAAUUAAACCGACGGCCGGUACGGUCAAGCUAUUGCAUCUUGAGACAGGGGCAGCGGGAGAUACAAUCACCGUAGGUCGGCUAACAUCCAUUGCCCAUCACCCGGAAAUGCCUUUUUUCGUGGUAGGUUCAGACACCGGAUAUCUACAUCUAGUUGCAGUUGAUGGUAGGCAGGUGAAGCUGUCCGGACGGUUGUACCUUUCGCGCCAUCCGAUUGUUUCGGUGGUGUUUGCCAUCGCAGAUAGUAGAUACUUCGGUGCGGUGGAUGCAACAGGUCAGAUAGCAAUUUUAGAGCUGUCCGACGGGUGGCAAAUGAACGUACUGCAAGUGUUUGGUGAGUUAGGAAAAUCCAAGCACUUGUUCAUGUGGUGCAGUAGUCAGGAAGUUUUGGUUGUGCAACCGCUAGAAACGGAAGACAGCAUUAGCUUCAGUUCAAUUGAAUUAAUCGUGAAGCAGCACAGCCUGGAGGAGACGACGAGAACGCAGCUAAGACUGCCGAAAGAUUACUGUCAUAUUAUUCCAAAGGGCGCUGGCACCAAUCUGAAUUUCUACGCCUAUGAAAUACGGACCAACGUUAUUGAUUUGCUGGAGAUUACUCGCACGGAUGCAGAAAUUGACGUUGUACUGCUCCGAACGAUCAAAACUCCGCUGGCGGUGUCGCAUCUGGAACUGUGCGUAGACGACCGUUACCUGUACGUUUGGUCGAUGGAAGGCAAGAUUGCGCUUUACGAGUGUGCGACAGACCGACUGAUUUGUUCCUUAACUUUUGAUGCACGAUUCAACGGAGGAAUCAAGCAGAUCUCCUUGGACAGAAGUAGCGAGUUUUUAACGGUACUAUGCCACAGUGGCAUGUUGACGGUUUUGAAGUUGCUGCAACCAAUUCCCCAAAGUCCUAAUACGAUAUCUUAUACAUCGAAAUCGCUACCGUGCGAGGCAGAAAUCUCAUCUUUGCUCGACGAAACGGUCAUCGACGCAGCGGUUCCAUGGAUAGAGCAAGCAGAAAGGGAACGGUUGGAAGAAAAGGGCAAAAUAUACGAACCCGAACACGAGGCAAUCUUUGCCGAGUUUGGUGAGAUAAAGCAUCAGCUCAAAGAGCUACUUAAUCACAACGAACGAGCUCCUGUGGAGGAGCGGUUCCCUUUGCAGGUGUUUAACUUGAAUGCGGAGGCGACGGAAAAGCUCACACAGGAAGCAAACCAUACAAAAGACGAGGAGAAGAAGCGUUUGCAGCAGUUCAUCGAAUCACAGAAAGAUAUUAACGAGAAGUUGAUUGAAAACUGUUGGAUGAUAAUGAGCAAAAAGCCCUGGAAAAUCAGACCGAUGUUUAAGAAAGCCUUUGUAGAAAAUUAUGCUAUUGUGCCAGCUAACGAGUACAGACAACACCUGGAGAAGGUGCGCGUGUAUCGGGAGACGGAGUUGAACGCCAGUCACGAUGCGCUGUUGCCGUGGAAACCGACGCCUACCUAUCAGCUGGAAUCGAUCCUUAACCGUGAUCCCGAGUACGCCAACGAGCUAGACAAUCUGGCACGAGCAUCGUUGGAGAAAUCGUACGCCUUGUCCGGUACGACUACGCACCAGUUCUUUCAACCGUACGCGCUGAGAUACGACCAGCUCGAGGUGGUCACGUUUGAGCAGCUGUACUUUGAGCUUAUCUAUGGUGAUUUGGAGAUUGAAAAGUUACGCACGCUGUUCAACGAAAAAUUUGAACAGAUCAAAACACUCAAGCACGAGGAGAUGGAGCUGGUGUUGAAGCGCAACCGUAGGGCACGGUACGUUCAGCAAGAGUUGGUCUUUCUUGGCAAUCUGAUGGCCGAUCGGAACAAGUUCGAGGUGACGGAAAUUGAAGAUCCCAAGUAUGCGGCAGACGAACGACCAGAUACGAUCAUACACACGGAGGAUAGUGAGAUUCCGGUGCCACCUUACAUCAGUCCGAGCGUGGAACGGCUGUUGGAGCUGGAGCGGCAGGAGCGUGAGCGAAGACAGCGCGAACUCCUGGAGGACGAUUUCAAGGAUCGUGCUCUCGUGACAAUGAUGGACGGUGUGCUGGAGCAUCGGUGGGAGGAUGAGAUUAAAAAGAGUUUACCGCUGCCCCAAUGCUUGGAAAUUGGGAAGGAACCACAGCACUACAACGAAACCGACAUACGCGAGGUGAACGAAUACGAAGAGCAAAGCAGAGUGCUGCACCAGGAAAGGCUGCGCUACAGAAAGAUGCUGCAGGACGAGCUGCAUGAGCUGGCCAUCAGUCUGGAUGAGCAGAUCAAGCGGUUCAAUACCGCGGUGGCGAAGCUGACGCUGCAGAAGAUCGUCAUCGAGGCGGCCAUUCGGCAGGAAGAGAUGCGCAUUCUUCGCGCCACGCUCUACAAUCACGCCCGGCUGGUGUAUGAUGCGAACGUUGCUCGAUUGCGGGCCCAGAUCGAACAGAACGCCGACUACACCGACCAGCUGACGGAGGUGCUGAACGAAUUCCAGGAGAAGGCGGCGGACUACAGGAACACGUACGACACGCUGCGGACGAAGGAUCGGCUGCUGGACAAGCAGUUUAAGAUUAACUUUUCCGACACGGCCCAGUCGGCACUCGUCGAUCAAGCGUACAAGAUAUUCAAACGAAGGCCCAAGACUCAGCUACGGUCGAUCGUCACCGUGUCGGUGUUUCAGGAUAUGGCAAAGCGGAUCGUGGCGAAGAAGACGCCCGGUACGCACGGCAACUUACUGCUGCCCAAAGAAUGUCAGGACUAUCUGGCGCACUGCGAGUCGCUGGACCAACCCUCCAACUGUCCGGCCGGGAUGGAUAGCAGCCUGUGGCAGACGCUGAUCAAAAUGCGUCGCAUCAAGAUCGAGAGUGAGUUUAGGCUCAAAAGCUGUGAGCUGAUGCUUUCCGACGCGGAAGCAGCUAUAGCCGCAUUUCAGCGCGAAAUUACCAGCAAGCGCAAUGUACUAACUUCCCUGGAGCAAACUCUCGAGCAGUUGCAGAAUGAUCAGUUUGAGGCCGCUACCAACCGGACGGUUCAGCUUGUGAUGAAGCGUGGCUGGAUCGAAAUUCAGCAGUCCGGUCGGACGAGCGACUUUGACCGUUGCGUACUAAUCCACCGAACCGACGUCGAGGACAUCAAUGCCAUCAUCCGGCGAGCCGGGACGAAAAAACUGAACGCCAUGAUCAAUGCAGCCCUGUUCCGGCGCAAAAUCAUCUUCCAGGAGUGGGAACACCGGGCACUGAAGCUGCAGCUGCGCGAUCUGCGCGAUCAGCUCGCAACGGUGGAGAAGUGCAAGAUCACCAAAGAGGUCCAGAGCUGGCUGAAGAUGAAGGGUAUGAAGCGGUCGGAAGAUUUCAGCCAGAUGGCGCUGGAGAAAAAGAUACGGAACGCGGUCCAGAAUGAGGAGGAAAUGUUGCAGGAACUCAAAACCGCUCUCGAAGAGAUCGAGCAGCGUAUUGCGACGAAGCGCAAGGAGAACAAGCAGUUGGAUCAGCAAACGCGCACGCUCAACAUUGACGUGACGGAGCAGCAUCUGCAGCGGGAUGCGGAGCUGGAGCAGAUGGAACAGAAGGCAACCCAGGACCGGAUGACGGCAAUCGUCGAGCGGGCCCGCCUGGUGCGGCUGGUGCAAGCGCAGCACACGCACAUACUCGAGCUCGGCACGAUGCUCGAGCUGCAGCGGCUCAAGACGUAUCCGACCCUGACGGCGUCUACCAGCGUCAUGACGCAUAACGUUCAUCACCUGCUGGGGAAUUAGGUAUGUUGAUGUUGGCAACUGAAGGAUGAAUGAGAACUGAGAGUGUUUUUGCAGUUUUUUACAAUAAAAUUAGUAUUUAGAAUAUGGUUUUUUA